CGAAAGAGAUCAACUGGUAAUGCAACUUGAAAAGAGUCAGGACAUGCUCAUGAGCUUCCAGCAAGAACUCAACGCUGCCGAGCUAGAGCUGCAGAGGCAAUGUGAAGAGAACAGGCGAUUGAAAAAUUCGCCUCAAGGUGCACACGCUCAGGCGCAACCCAAUUCUCAAGAGAUUCAAAACUAUAAGAAGGAGAUUGCACGGCUGAAACAAAUGCUUCAAGAAACUGGAGCGAGAGGAGACAGCGAACUUGAGCAAUGGCGAAAGGUCGUCGAGCAGGAGAAAAACCGAGCCGAUCAAGCAGAAAAGGCAGCCAUCGAACUGCAAAAGAGAAUGCAGGUGAUGGAACAGCAACUGAAGCAGCAAUUACUACAGAUGACGAAUAUGCAGAAACAAAUGACUCAACAACAGCAGCAGCAGCAACAACAACAACAACCCCCUCAACCCCAACAACCCCAAAUUAAUCCGAAAGAGAUGGAGAAAAUUCAAGAAGAGCUUAAAACAGCUGUCACACAACGGGAUCAGUUCCAAAAUCAAUUGGAACUGUUGGUUCAAGAGCUGGAAAAGAGUCAGAUGGAAGCUCAAGAAGCCGCAAAGAAAGCACAACAACAACAGCAGCAGCUUCAGCAGAUGCAACAACAGAUACAGCAACUGCAGCAGCAAUUGCAACAAGCUACGCAAACGGCAAAUCAAAAGGCAGCCCAGAGUGCGAGCAUCUCGGAGCAGGACCGAAAGCAGCUAGAAGCACAAAUGAAACAAAUCGAAGACGCCACCCGACUGUUGGAAAGCGAACGCAAAACAUUCGAAGACCAGCGUAAGGUCAUCGAAAAUAAGCGAAAGGAACUGGAAGAAAAGGAAAAGAACCUGGUGGAGUUCGACAAGCAGCUAAAGAAACGAAAAGAACAAAUGGAUCAACUGGAAAAGUCUCUACAGAAGGCUGGAGGUACAGCAGCAGCGGCCGGAGAAUUGAACAAACAGUUAACAGAAACACAACAACAGUUGGACAAAAUCACCAAAGAAUUGAACGAUUCCAAAGAAGAGGCUCAACGAUCAGCCGCCGAAACAGAACGUCUACUGCAACUUGUACAGAUGACGCAGGAAGAGCAGAACCAAAAGGAAAAGACCAUAAUGGAUCUGCAACAAGCAUUGAAAAACGCUCAAGCAAAAUUGAAGACAGCACAAUCACAGCCGCAAGAUGCUGGACCAGCCGGUUUCCUGAAGAGCUUCUUCUAAGCAAUAUACCGUCGAUACUUCAACGAUUUGUUCAUACUGAUAAAGCACCAGAAACGGCGUUGUGUAGUCAUCCAUAUACUUGUUUAAGAUGCCCCAAGUACAGUUCCCAUUUUUUUAUGAUUAUCUUGAAUUCUUUGCCGAGUUACCUAUGAACACGUGUUGUUCCAGUGGAUUCAAAUCAGAGCAACGGUUAUUUUGUCACCGUGAGAAUCAUAAAUAAGACCGAUCAACAACUUGUUCGUGAGCAAUAUAUCAUCUGUAAAAAUUGUUAGAACGUGUCGAUCUAGCGAAGUAAUUGUUGAAAGAUACAAACUAAUACAAACCAUGCUGCCAUAUUGAUAAAACUAAGUAAAAGAGUAAGAUAAACUACGGAAAAGUGAUAUUUACCUAGUCAGCAUCGCUACACUCGGAGUACUUUAACCAGCGCAUGAGAAUUCGAGAUAGUCAUUGAAUUAUAUGCUGUUGAAUAGAUAUUUACUGUAAAAAGUAUACACGUGGGUAACGUGCAUAUUUUCUCUAUUUUCGCAUGUUACCUAAACAAAAAAAAAAACAAGAGUUGGGCAGUUCGUUCACGAUUUCAAACCUGCUUAAAUUCGAAGAUAUAUCAAUUUAAUUUUAUCGGCGACAUUUCAUUCUUUCACCUACAAAUUACGAACUUAGAUAUUUUCUUUCAAGUCCACCAUGUUUGCAGUGCUACAAUUAGUUGACAUUUUACGUUGCUCUAAGUUUAAGCUAAAUGCGCACUCGCCCAUCUUGAAGGAGCACCACUACUGCUGCUGAAAAGUGAGCUCUCAUCGGCAACUGCGUCGAAAUCGGAGCGCUAGGAUAAAGAGUAUAGACAAUAAUCUAGAAAAGCACCGUAAAAAAAAGAAAUACUCUUCAUUUGGUGACACAAUGGAGGCAUCCCGCCGGGUUGUCGUUUUUAAGUGAUGAACGAUAACGAUUGGUAACAUUUGGUGCUUUCUACUUAAUACCAAAUUGUGAACAAACAGUAUUGUAUUUUGCUCGAUAUAAUCGCAAACCUUGUCGCGAACAUACAUCGUAAACUUGAUGUUAUGCUUGAUGUAUUAUUUCAAUCUCUUGCUAUUGCUUUUUACUCGAACAUUUCUAAAUAAAUAAGGGUAAAUUUUUAUUCUCAGUCCUCAAUCUGUCAGCUAAAUGGCAGUAAAGCAUGUCCUUAUAUCAUAUUGAAACCCACAUUGUUGAGGUUACACAGAUCGAAAAAAAUAGUGUAAAUUUCUGUGACAUAGCGUUGGAGAGUGGGAUUUCAUAGAAUUUUACAUGACAUUUCAUGUAAAUCUAAACAGAGUUGUUACAUGGCAUAUAACACAAAUUUACAUGAUAUAUCAUAUAAACUAUCAUAGCUAAAAGUACAGUUCAAAAUGGUUACAUCGAGUUCGCUGUAACAAAUUCACCUCCAUUGCUUCAAACACAGUUCUCCAUCGGAUUGUAAAAUUAUAGGUUGUCUGCAGUAUGGAAAUGGAGCUUUCUUACAAUUUUUCAUGCAAUAAAUUAUUUUAUGUAAAAUCGAAUGAAAUGAAUGAAAAUUUAAACGUUCUACGCCAGGUGUAGUUUUCAGAAUAUCUUUCUAUGGCCCCACGGGAAGCGUGUUCCUAAAACACAGCUUUAAAGUUAAUACGCUUCAUGAUUCCAGGCUGGUCGGACACUACAUGCUUAAGCAGUUUUCGGAUGACUGGUACCGAUACAUAC